CAACAAGCUCAAAUGCAAGCACAGCAACAACAACAACAACAACAACAAGCCCACAUGCAAGCACAACAACAAGCUCAAAUGCAAGCACAAGCUCAUGCUCAGCAACAACAACAUCAUCAACAACAUCAUCAACAACAGCAACAGCAUAUGUUGAAUGAAAUGAUGAACAACCAAGCUAGCAUAGAACACCAUCCAAUUGUUCCUUCUCAACGUGUCAUGGAACAACCUACUCAUCGUUCUAUAGAUGAAGAACAUGAACGGGUUGCUGCUGCAGCUCAACAAGUCAUGGCACAACAAAUUGCUCAACAAUAUGCUAUGCUUCAACAUCAUCAACAACAAGCUAUGACACCUACUGAAUUGAUUCAGACACCCUCUCAAGAAACCCCUCAUGUAGUAUUAUCUCAAAUGGCUAAUUUAAACAAUAGUACACCUACUACACCCAUUGCAACUACACCCACUACACCAAUACAUCAAGUGAAGAGUGACAACAUUUCAUUACAUAACGCAAUUGUUCACCACCAACAUCAACAACAAAACAUGGUCUUUAUUAAUGAAACUGUUCGAGGUGCUAAGCGUAAUAUGUCUGAUGCUAAUAAUGCUGAACUUGGUAAAAAGAAAUCAAGAAGACAUACUGUCUCUAGCUCUUAUCGACCUGCACUCAAUAUUGACACCAAGAAUCUGUCAAAUACCAUGGCUCCUCGUUCUGCUGCUGUCUGUACUCAACAACAACAAGCUUAUCCUAUACAACAACCCUAUGUUGUGAACAGUGAUAUCAAUAUGCAAACACAGGAACGCAAGACAUUGAUUGAAUGCCAAAAACAAGCAUUGGGUACUAUCACACUACCUCCUCCUCCUACUCCUCAGGAAUUAGGCCUUAAACAACCUCAAGUUGGAACAACAGCUAAAGAUUAUGAAAACAUGACAAGAGACCAAUUGAUUGCUCGGUUGAUUGUGCUCGAGGCUGAAAAGCUAAAUAAUGAGACCAAUGUUGAAAAGUCAAGUGUGAAAUCAGUGGAAGAAGAAGAGGAGGAGGAAGAAAACAACAGUCCUGAUACACUUAUGGACAUACAAAACCAAAAGCCAUCUAACCAUCAGCCAAUUACAGAUGAAGAUAAGUCAACUAUUGACGAUGAUGAAGAGGAGGACGAAGCAGCCUCUGUCGCAGAAACGGCUACAGCUACAGUUACAGCUGUCGAACCUGAAACUCAGAAGCCAAAGCAGUGUAAAUGGAAGGAUUGUAGCGAGAUAUUUAUGGAUCUGCAGAAAUUGAUCAGUCAUAUUAAUGAUACACAUGUUGGUAGUGGCAAGCCUACGUAUUGUUGUGAAUGGGAAGGCUGUGCUAGAAACCAAAAGCCUUUUACAAAACGCCACAAGAUGUACAAUCAUUUAAGAACACAUACAGGUGAAAGACCUUUUGUGUGUAAUAAGCCUGAUUGUGGUAAACGGUUUUCUCGUCCAGACUCAUUGACGACACACAUCAAGACACAUUCAAAUAUUCGACCUUUUAUCUGUCUUGCCAAAGGAUGUGGUAAAGCCUAUUAUCAUUCAAGAUCACUUAAGAAGCAUGAAAAGACCCAUGAAAUGGCUACCACACCUGUAUUGUCAACACCCAAUAGUGUGAUACAAUUUCCUAAUUCUUCAGGAUCGACACCAUUUAGUACGACUAGUGCACCAGCCACAGCUGGUAUGCAUCCUGUUGCGCCUGUUGAUUAUAUUAAUAGUCAAAUGCCUAUAACAAUUCAUAGUCAAUCCCUUCCCAAUUCACCUCAUCCUACCCUACAACUACAACAGCAGCAGCAGCAGCAGCCUCACAAUUUUGCUUUGUUGCAACAACAAUCACAACCACAACAAAAACAAUAUACCCCAAAUAAUAAUAACAUGUUGUCAUUCACUCCAGCUGGUAUGGUUGAACAACAGCAACAACAACCACAAAGCAAUGAGCAAAUGUUGGCUCAACAGCACACUAUGUUUGAUUCUGUGAAUCAACAACAACAACAACAACAGCAGCAGCAACAGCAACAGCAGCAACAGAGUUUUGAAUUUAGGCAGGUGUAAUUGAUAUAUUCAUCUCGUUUUUUAUCACAUAUUGGUCUUUUGA